ACUUACCACCCCACAAACGGUCGGCCGGCACUUUUAGUUUACCCCUUACACGGUGCACUCUCAGCAACCCCCCCCCCCCCCCCAGCGCAACUUAGAAUCCGCCUCGCCAUCAAUCCAAUCCGCUCUUCCCUAGUCUAACUAACCAACCACCGCACAAACAAACAAACAGAACGCUAUCCUGCGCAUCUCUGAAAUACAGCUCACUCUCUCGCUCUUCCAAGGGGGACACUAGCAUCACCAGGCUACGCCUAUAAGAACUCCAUCAUUAUUAAAUUGCUCUCUCUCUCUCUCUCUCUCUCUCUCUCCCUCCAGCAAGCAAGUAAGCAGUCUCACUAUCUCCAGCUCCCGUUCACAGAAAAUCUCCACUGUAAUCUCCAUUACCUGUGCAAUCAUCGCUUGCAAUCUCAGAGACCAAAGCUUUCAGAAGCUUCACGGUUUCGAACUUCGAAGGACUCGGUUCGUCUUAGAAUCGCUAAAGAACCCUAGGUGAACUGACCUGAGGAAGUGCUCAAGUAAAUGGUUUUGUUAUGUGGUGGUUGGGGUUGUGGUUGAGGUUUUAGCUGUUGAAGCUUUGACUUGAGAAAAUGUUCGGGCUCUCGAGGAGGCGGAUGAAGCUUGGGAGGUUGAAAGUUCAGCUCUCGGACUCUGCUCAGGGAACUAAAAGUCCUAUAAGACACCCCAAACGUAAUAACAAUUCCAAUGAUGAAGUUGUGGCACCUGUGAGUAGUAGUUCUGAUGAACUCAGCUGCCAGUGUUCAUCUGCUGCCCCCGAACUGAACAAAAACUGUGCAUCAGGGAACUCUGAGAAUUGGAUGGUGUUAUCAAUUGCUGGGGACAAGCCUACACCCCGUUUCAAUCAUGCAGCCGCUAUUGUUGGGAACAAAAUGGUGGUUGUUGGUGGUGAAUCUGGAAAUGGAUUGUUAGAAGAUGUACAGGUGCUUGAUUUUGACAGAUUUUCCUGGACCACUGCUUCAUCAAAACUUUAUCUUUCUCCAACCAAUCUGCCACUAAAAAUCCCCGCAUGCAAGGGUCAUAAUUUGGUUUCCUGGGGGCAGAAGGCACUCUUGAUCGGAGGAAAAACGUAUCCUGGAAGUGACAGAGUUUCAGUGUGGGCAUUUGACACAGAAACAGAAUGCUGGUCGCUUAUGGAAGCUAAGGGAGACAUACCGGUUGCCCGCAGCGGUCACAGCAUUGUUAAGGCAAGUUCCGUCUUAAUUCUAUUUGGGGGUGAAGAUUCUAAAAGGAGAAAGCUGAAUGACCUACAUAUGUUUGAUCUAAAGUCUUUGACGUGGCUCCCUCUUCAUUGCACAGGACCGGGACCAUCACCAAGAUCCAACCAUGUGGCAGCUCUUUAUGAUGAUAGAAUUCUUCUCAUUUUUGGAGGAACAUCCAAGUCUAAGACAUUGAAUGACUUGUACUCUCUUGAUUUUGAGACGAUGGUAUGGUCACGACUUAAACCCCGUGGGUUCCAUCCAUCCCCAAGAGCUGGUUGUUGUGGAGUUUUAUGCGGAACUAAAUGGUAUAUCGUUGGAGGCGGGAGCAGGAAAAAACGACAUGCAGAGACCUUGAUUUUUGAUGUGUUAAAAGUUGAUUGGACUGUAGCUAUUGCAUCUUCUCCAUCUUCUAUCAUUGCCAACAAGGGAUUUAGCCUUGUGCUGGUGCAGCACAAGGAAAAGGAUUUCCUUGUUGCAUUUGGGGGAACCAAGAAGGAGCCAUCAAAUCAGGUUGAAGUACUGACAAUGGAAAAAAAUGAUUCGAACAUGGGUCGGCAAUUAAAUUCAAAUAGAGGCCAAGGACUUCUGCUUUCUGAAAAUCACUCGUCAUCUAGAGGGUUGGUUUCUCAACUAAAUACUGGUGCCUCCCAAGGUCCAGCUACUUCGGUGGCCAGACAAAAUCUAGCAUCUGCAAUUGAACAACAUGGUUCUGGUAGGAAAUCUUUGUCAGAGUCCUUGCUUGUCAAUCGAAAUCCCAUUUCUGGAAAUGUCUCACUCUGCAAGCAAUUUCACAUUGAGGAAGAACACAACACAACUGUCAAGUUGGCAAAGAGUUUAGAAGAUGAAAGUUCUCCAUUGCAGCCUGUAGAACACAGAACAAAACAACUUGAUUCGGGACUUCAGACUCACAUUACUGGAGGUAGAGUCCACACGGAAGAGAUGCCUUCUGCCUUUGAAUCUGAGAACUCAAAAACUCACAACAAAGGAAGUGGAAGCCUUGCAUCUGACAGUGAUGAUGUAUUAUUCCUGGAGACUGAUGGUAAAUCUGGAGUGUUGUCGGCUCCUUCAAGCAUCUAUCAACUGUAUGAAGCGAAGGUAUCUUCUUUGAUUAGAAAGAAUGGGACUCUAGAAGGACAAUUGGCAUCUGCAGUGGCAAAUCGAGAGGCUGCGGAGAAGAACUUAUCGUCUGCUCUCAAGAGUAGACUGGAGAUGGAGAAAAAAUUGGCAGACAAUGCAAAGGAGAUGGAGCUGCUGAAAGAGAGGCUGGCAGCAAUAGAGCUUGCACAAGAAGAAGCCAACAGCCUAUCAAAUAUUGUCCACUCUGAUAACGUAAGACUGGAGCAUGAUGUGGCAUUCCUUAAGGCAGUUUUGGAUGAUACCCAGAAGGAGCUGCACUCAACUAGAGGAGUACUUGCAGGAGAAAGAGCAAGAGCAUUCCAGCUGCAGGUGGAAGUUUUUCAUCUUAAACAAAGAUUGCAAACUCUAGAGAACCGAGCACCAACCCCGAGGAAACCCUUCCAUGUGUAGCAGAAGAGUAGCUUCCACAAAUUGCAGUUACAAUGCUCUGUACAUAUGAUGAAUUUAUAAUUAUUUUGGUAUUUAUGUUAAUACUUCCUUGAAAAUUCUGAAGAGAGUAUGUGAUAGAUGGGCAGAGUUGUAACUAAUGCGCUUUGUGACUGCAAAUUGUAAAAAUGUAUUUGCUAGAUGAUGGUAAUUGAUAUCAAUCUGCAGUGUUCCUGACAUCAGAUUGGGCAGUAAAGUAAUGCAUUCGGUUAA